GCAGCUGAGGAAGAGACUAGUGUUUGUUUGAGGAGUUGCAUUGAAGCAGAGCCUAAUUUACAGAGAGAAGGGACGCUUUUAACAAAGGAUUGGGGCAGCGGGGAGGCGCCACAGGAAUGUGGGCGUGCCUGGGUCUGCUCCUCACUCUCUGCCUGCUCCACGGGGGCGGUGCAGAGAGUGAGGGGGGUGGGCCUCGAUGUCAGCUGCCACCAGCCUGGUCUGUGGGGGAGGUGGAGCCGAUGAAGGGGUCAAUGGGCCAGGUGACCGUGGUGGCCCUUCUACAGGCCAGCUGACUGUUCUGCUUGGUGCAGGCCUCUAGAAUGGAUGGCCUGCGCCGAAAGAUGGAAAGUCAGGGUCUGAAGGACGUGGUCUACAUGGUCGUAAACGACCAGACGCAAGAAGCACAGCGACUCCACCCGUUGUUGGCACUAAAACUGUCAGAGAACAUCGCCCUCUACAAACAGAGCGAGCAACAGCCUCACGUUUGGCAGACGCUGAAUGGGAGAAAAGAUGACUUUUUCAUUUAUGACAGGUGCGGCCGUCUCACUCACCACAUUUCACUUCCAUAUUCCAUCAUUGGACUUGGACAUAUUGAGCGUGCAAUCAAAGACGCCUACUGCAAUCGCAUAUGUGGAGAGUGCUCAUUUGAGAAUACUGAACCUGCAGAAGAGUGCACAAACGCAGCUGCGCAGCCUGUUGCAGAUCCUAUCCCACCUGACAACACUGAACAAAUUCAUGUUCAACAUCAAGGUCAAAGUCAUCAUCAUCGUGGCCAUAGCCAUCAUGGUCGUGACCAUUUGCACCAUUCACAUGACCAUAAUCAUGGUCAUCAUCAUGGAAACCAAGAUGGCUUUGCCCACAGUUCUGAUCAUGUACAAAAUCAUCACCAUGUCAGAGACCAUGGUCAACACGAUGCCGGGUUGUCUCAAAAUCAGCAUCAGUUCGAGGCAGAUCCCAUGCAGCAAGCAGUGCUCACACAGCAGAUGCUUCAGGAGGUCGACGGAGCACACCUUAGACCUUGAGGGUCAGAGGGCGUUAGGUGAAAGUCAAAGUUCAGCUGACAGUGGGUCGCCGGCUCCGAGAACGAAGCCGCUCCUAAGGCCAGCUGAUGCUGACACUGACGCAGGCUGUUUGGCGACACAGACAGUGAGCAGCCGCUCGGUCUCUGACACUGUGAUGAGGCGUUGCCCGCCUCCUGACAGUGACACGACCUGAGCGAGGCAGUCAGUAAUGUUAGGGAGACCUGACAGUGACGCCCGCCUCCUGCUGCUUGACAGCAGCCUCAGUCAUCCCAGUGAGUCUGACCCCCUGGUGUUGGGAGCUGAGCAUGAGAGCCGCUGUAAGCUGGAACUGAUGUCAGCUAUCAACCCCGGGGCAAGAGCUCCUUUUACCAACAAGUAUUACCCUGAGAAGGAGGUUGGGCAGUCUUUACAGAAGGCUUGCUAGACAAGUUGGGGGAGUCAAACAGAAACAAAUAAACAAAUGCUACUUUAUCAUUCAGAAAUUGGAUUUUCUUUUCUCCUGUUUUGACAAGUCUGUCUGUGGUUGCUUUCUUCCUUCUCARGUGUACACAUGCUUGUCGUGUUCACAAACGGCCUCCCUCAUUUUGCUCUCGCCAUCCUUUAUGAAACCAGACGCAGAAACUACGCUCUAGUGGCGUCUGUCCGAUGUCAGGCUGGAGAGAGAGAAGAAGGUUGUUCAAGAACAUGACAAUCAGUAAGACAUAAAAAAAGAAAGGAAUAUGUUUUGCAAAGAGUAAGAAAAGAUUAAUGCAACAACACUUUUUUUGUUAGGAAACUCUAAAAAGCACAAAAUGAAUACUAGAUAAACAAACCUGAUACUUUAUAUAAUAGAUUUAUGUUUUGGACAGUCUUGAAAACGUACAUUGUCAGAACUAUUAUGAUUGUCUUUUUUUUUGUUUUGAAUUUACUAAUGAACUUCAGAAGCUUUAGCAUACCUCAAGUUUAUUUCCUUACUAAUGUAAACAGAAUUUUAGAUUGAAAUKACUCAAUUUAAUAGAACCUUUUCCAUACUGUAGACAUCACAUGGUAUACAUAAAGGCUUGUUUAAAAAUCUUUCAAGGUUUGAAUGUUUUGGGGGGGAAAUGGAUGAGAGUAAAGAAAGGAAUGUUUGCUUUCUGUACUUUAUGAUGGUUUCUUUGGGAAAAUAAAAGUCACCCAGAGAACCUGAUGUUAACACAGAAAACAAGUCUGGUUGUUUGACUUGGAAAAUUCAAUAAACUUGAUUUAAUCACUUUUUUUA